AUGGCGGCCUCAUUUGUAAAUAAGGAUAUAGAGAUUCUUCUGGAAAAAUUAGACUUGAAGAAAUAUUACUUCAAUAAGCUCUCAAGACGUGAAAUGUAUCAGGUUCAACCGCAUAUGAUAAACGAAAAUACAGAAUGUUCGCCUGCUUGGCAGUUUAUAACUGAAAUUACGAGGUACAAUUAUCGGGCUCGUAACAUACAUCUCGAAGAUAUAAAUACGGUUGAUACGUCGCAGAUGAGUCUUCGCGAGAGACGAAAAAAUAAAGAAAAACAAGUCAUUACAGGUCUCCAUCCUAUGGAUAUUGUCGUUGCUGUUUUUUUAAUUUGUGAUCCAAUAGCAAAGCAAGACCUCGCCAUGCAUUUAUGGGGUUGCAAACUUGCGAUACCUUUUAGUAUAAAUGAAGUGCCUUCAGAGGAACCAUCUAUUUUUACAUGGCCUCUCCAUUCUAUUAAUGGCCAUAUAUUUCAAGAAGACGGUUUUAUUGAAAAGUCGCUAGCAAAUGAAAAAAUGCCGUGCUUAUCUUUCAUCAGAGUUGGAGAAAAUACUGACCUUUCUAAAUCGCACCUAAUUAACUGUGUGAUUGGAGGGACAGAAAAGGUACAUCCCAUGUUUUUCCAUCGUGACUCUGAGGGAUCAAAAUGCAUACGAUCAAAGGUUGUAGAAGGUCUUAUAGAGAUAGGUUGGAUUUUGCCUAGCGGAUCUGAUGAUCGAUUUAAUAGGCCUCGUCUCGUUUCAAAUCUUCGUGGCGAUUCUGCAUUUUUCCACAGACAAAUAGAAAUUAUCGGUCACAUGUCCACUGUAACCGUUUGUCUAUGCACUACAGCAAAUCUUUCUAAAGCGAAACCUGUUAUCGGUGAACUGCUCUCUCAGAAGGCAAAAGUGAUACUGUUAAUACUAGAUAAAAAUCCGGAUGAAGAUAGAGUGAUUGAAUAUCUAGAUACUAUCUCCUCUGAAGAGCAAAUCGAUGCUGUAAUGAAAACAGAUAAAACAUUGCCAGGCGUUGUGCAGUCAUUAAUUCACACAGUUAAAGUAAUGGAACAGAAAACUUGUAAAACUGUUAAAUUGUCGGAUCAUAAAACAUUUUCUAUGAAGUUUAAAGUUGAUACAAGAAACGAGUUGUACAAAAAAGCAUUUGAGCGUUCAGAAGAAAUAAUAUCAUUGAUAGAGAAAACAGAUAGUAAGGACAGGAAGCAAGUUUUAUUGCCUCUACAAGAGAUUUACUUGAAGAAGUCAAAACUAGAUUGUGAGCUCUAUGAAAUAAACCGAUACGAAACAAAUAUUAAAACAAGAAACACAAAAUGCAAAAGGAUAUCAGAAAAUAUAACGCAGCUAAGAAAGGAACAAUUCAAUCACAUAAAGAAACAUGGUAUUUCAGCACCAGUUCUAACUGUAUUAAGUCAGCUAUCAUCUAAACCUGAUCCAUACCGGAAAGUGUUUCUGAGAACCCUUAAGUUGCAACUCGACAACCUUUCGCGUGUGCAACUUCAGCCCUUUUACAGAAAAUAUAAAUCAUUGGUAUCCAAAGCGAAUAAAGCCAACGAGCACAAGCGAGCUAAACUAUAUCAGGAACUGUUAUAUCUUGAUCAUGAAAAAAUGUUUAUGUCAUUUGGAUUUGAGCAUAUUCUGAGAGAAAUUGGCCAGCUAUAUGAAAUAUGUGAAAGUAGCGGUUCUCAACCCAAACACUUACCUGUGUCAUACCAACGUCUCCCAGAGUAUGCGGUCUUCAUACUCCUAGAAGGUUAUCCUUUGGAGAUUUUAGAUGGAGAAGUUAAUGAAGUUCCGCAAAAAUGGGUCAAUAGCGUCAUAAAUCAACUUCAGAUCUCAACGAAAGAUCCAGAAAAUGUACACGUUAUGUCCGUUCUUGGUAUUCAGAGUUCAGGAAAGUCAACCUUUCUAAACACUAUGUUCGGACUGCAAUUCGCAGUUAGUGCAGGUCGAUAUACAAGGGGUGCUUAUUUGCAAGUCAUAGAAUUGAACGCAUCAUCGAAUGACCAAUUCAAGGCAAAGUAUAUUUUAUUGAUUGAUACGGAAGGGUUACGAGCCACAGACAUGACUUCUACUGACACAAUUAAGCAUGAUAACGAAUUCUCAACUCUUGUUAUAGGUUUAUCUGAUAUAACUGUCAUAAAUCUUAUGGGAGAAAAUGCCACUUAUUUGCGAGAAAACUUGCCAAUUGUUGUUCAUGCUUUUCUGAGAAUGAAUCUCGUUGGUUUGCAUCCAAAAUGCACAAUUGUCCAUCACAAUGUUGAUAAACGUAACAAAGAUAAAUUAUUAGAGCAAGGACGCGUGCUAGAGGAAGUGUUGAAUGACCUCACAAAAAGAGCAUGUAAGAUGGAAAAAGUUCCCAAUAGAUCGUUUAGGGACAUGAUAGAAUUUACAAUAGACGAAAACACGGAUUACAUACCUGCACUCCUUGCUGGGGAACUUCCAAUGGCACCAGUGAGCACAGGAUACAGUUGCGAAGUUAAAAAUGUGAGAACCAUGUUAUUUAAGUCACUUCUGAAAAGUAGGCCAUAUCUUACAGGAUUUAAGUCAUUUUCUAAACGACUUGAAAAUCUGUGGGCGGCAAUAAAAACAGAUUGUUUUGUUUUUGAAUUUCGAACGACCUUUGAAACAGAAAUGAGGUUACAACUGGACCAAAAAUACUUCAGUAUAUGGAAAUCAUAUUUACUGAAAAUAGAAGAACUAGUUGAUAAAUAUCAGGAUAUGAAAUUGAGAAAGUUAGUUACAAAAAAAAGUAACAGAUAA